UUCUCUGGGGUUAACUGGAACUUAAGUACCAGCACCAAAAAAAAGCUAACACUUUUCAUAGAGAGAGAGAGUAAAACAAAUUAGCAAUGGCUGCUGUAGAUGAAGGGAACGAUGUUGGAAGAACAGUAGAGGAAGAAGAGCCUUUGUGUGAAAAGAGAGAGAGAGAAGAAGAGGAGGCUGAAACAGAAACAUUGACUCCAUGGGAGCAACACUCCAGCAUCAUAAGCAUCCCUCGGUUCGACUACAAAGCUCCUUCUUCUCUGAUUCAUCAUUCUCAUUCAGGCUUCCUCGUCACCUGCACCAUCAAAAGGGAGAAAAGUGCUACUAAAGAGGUCAUGUCCAUCCUUGGAAAGUAUAUUGCGUCCAUGCCUGAGGAGAUAUCUGAAGUUCUAAAAUCAAAAAAACAAAAACUUUGUGCACAUGAGAUAGAGGAAGGCGAAGACCAUCUUGAGAAUGAUGCCUUGCAGCAAACAGGUGAAAAUCCAAAUGUUGAGGAUCUCAAAUUAGCAAAUGAAGAACACAAUUCUCUCAUGUCAUUGGUUAAGCUGACAAAGAGUGGCUUGCUUCUCUUUACUUUCCCUGUUGAAAACUCUCCCGAUACAACAAGUAUCGUAUCACGAGUCUUCCAAUCUAUGGAAUCUGGAGCUCUGAAGGCACCAAUCUGGUGCCAUCGGAUAUUCCCAGUUCAAGCUACUUGUGGUUUGACAGAGAAAGAACUUCGGGAAACAGUGUCAAAGCUUGUUCAGCGGUUUGUCAAUGAUAAAGACAAUAAUACACUAUCAAAACCUGUGAAGUUUGCAGCUGGGUAUCAGCGUAGAGGUGUGGAAGAGACGAAAGGAAAGAUCCAGAAAGAAGCAUCAGAGGUUCUAGAUCAAUGUUCGUUGCUGGACCGCAUCAAAUGCUUUGAAACUUUGGCGGCUGGAGUAAAAGACAUCGUACCAGAUUCAGUUGUGGAUCUCAAAGCUCCAGAGUUAUGUGUUCUGGUGGAACUCUUACCGCUCUCUAGAAUACCAAGUGGCUCCAUUGUAGCUGCUGUAUCAGUGCUUCCACAUAGACUCGUUAGCACAAAGCCAAAACUCUGCAUCAAGCCUCUAGUCCCUGAAUCCAAACACAAAAAGGGACAAAACUGACGAGCGCAAAGGCAUAUCGUUGCAUUGAGAUUUUCCAGAGCCAAAAAGAUUGACCGAAGUUGUAAUCUCUCUGUUGUCGUUUGCUUUCAGUAUCUGCAGUGACGUUAACAAGGUGUGUGUAACCAAUGUUUUAUUCAAGAGAAAACAAAGAUAAACCCAUCUCCACCUCUUGUUACAAUGCUUUGUAGCUAGCUAUGAUAGAAAGGCACACUGCCAAGUUCUUUUCA